AUGAACGUGAAUCCGACAGGUACACAGCCGUCCUCGAGUGAUUUUGUCAAGAAGUUGUUCAAGAUGCUCCAGGACCCAACAUAUCGCGAUGUAGUUCGAUGGAGCAGCUCAGGUGACAGUUUCAUCGUACUCGAGACGAACGAGUUCACCAAGAGUAUUCUUCCACGACAUUUCAAACAUAGUAACUUUGCCAGUUUCGUGCGUCAAUUGAACAAAUACGAUUUCCACAAAGUGCGUUAUACGGAAGAAGGAGGUGUGAAUCCGUAUGGUGAUGGUGCAUGGGAAUUCAAGCACCCAGACUUUCAAAUACAUAACAGGGACUCUUUGGAUAAUAUCAAGCGCAAGGCACCAUCAGCACGCAAGCCUGCGGCAGCUGAUGAGCCCUCUGCGCAGCAGCUUGCUACACUUUCCUCCCAAGUUGACUCGUUGACGAAACUGCAGAAUAGUAUGAACGGACACCUACAAAAGUUGUCUAGGAAUUACCAGUCGGUGAUUGGGGAGAUGCUAAACUUUCAGCGCAAUAUGGUCGCACAGGAUGCCCUGAUGCAAAAUCUUAUCUCCUACCUCGUCAAUCUCGAAGGAGGGGACAAGAAUACCAAUGGCAGUCGCGAGCAGAACGGCCCGUUUGUGCCAAGUGAGCAAGCACAAAAACUCAUCUCAAGUUACACUGAGGUUGCUCGUGCGAGUUUCGAGCAGAUGAGUGAGAUCUCCAAGAGAGCACAGGCUAUGGGUAUGCCUGGCUCGGAGUUUGGCGGAUUCAACGGGAAUGAUGCCCCGAACUACGGUCAAGGAAUUGACAUUGAUUCUUCCAGAAGUUCAUCGUCCGAGGCUCAGCACGCACAGUCGGACAUGCUGCCUCAUCCACCUCAACCACAGGCGCAUCAUCCGCAGCAAUACGGUCCUGUGCCUCCGGCGCAGGCCCAUGAACAGUCGCUACCUCAGCUGAGUGAUUCUCUGUAUGGACGUCCAGAAGGUCAGAACGGGCCUGAUGGCAGUUUGAGAGUGUUUACAGUGGGUCACUUGACUCCUCGUUUACCCGAUGACACUUCUCCUCCUCUGGAUGGAAUCAGCAAUACCAUGAACAACCCACCGCCAUCAAACAUGCCUCAUGUCAAUGCUACAUCCGAUAACCGAGGCAACACGAUGCGCAUUCACCGUUCAACAUUUGUUCCUGGGUGGGCGGUGCCUCCCAAGGUGUUAUUGGUGGAGGACGAUGCGGUGUGCCGUCGCUUGUCGAGCAAGUUCUUGCAGGUUUUCGGUUGUGAGAUUGAUAUGGCCGUGGACGGUGUCUCUGCUGUGAACAAGAUGAACCUGGCGAAGUAUGAUUUGGUUCUCAUGGAUAUUGUCAUGCCCAAUCUGGAUGGUGUCAGUGCUACCAGCUUGAUCAGACAGUUUGAUCCGCUAACGCCGAUCAUCUCGAUGACGAGUAACGUGCAAAGCAGAGAUGUGAUGACUUAUUUCUCUCACGGUAUGAACGAUAUCUUGCCCAAGCCUUUUACCAAGGACGGCCUGCAGCAAAUGCUUGAAAAGCAUUUGAUUCACUUGAAGGCCAUGAAGGAGAUGUCUGAGGUGCCGCGUGCUUUACCCGAGCCGGAUGACCAACAGGGAAAAUACCCUCAGCACCCUCGUAUUACCGAGGCCAAGGACAAGUCUGUUGCGCAGCACUCGAAUAAUGCCAACAGUUAUUUUUCUCAACAACCCGACCAGCAGUCUUCCAUGGACUCGAAUAAUGCUAAUGAAGGGUUCGCCGAGACUGAUUACCUUCAACUGCUAAGCGGGUUCCCCACACAGAGCCAGCCGCAGCAUCAACAGGGACAGAGGCGCGGAAGAGAAGAUGAUCUGUACGAUCCGUCGGGUUCGAAGAAGGCCCGGACCGAUGAAUUUUAA